UUCAUCAACACUGCACGGAGAGUCGCCCGUGUCCUUCUCUUUCAACUGGCAACUGCAUUGGUCUUUGCAAUCGCGUGGGCGCUCUUCUGUGUGGGUAAGACAAAGCCAACUUCACAUGCAAGGAAACGCAUAUGUAUCUGGACGGAUGCCAUCAUGUUUGUGCGUCUAUGUAAGGUUGCUGGCCGAUGUGUGAGUACAAGAGCUUCAGUCGCGGGGUGCCGUGGAUAGUACUUGAUUUCGUUCGUGUGCUGCUUGUAUGUGUCGACUAUAUCGCCACCGCACUCCUAACGGCCGAGGGGGAUGGAGGACUAGCUUUGCGACUCCUUGUCUCGUGCUGGUGGCUUACCGUGCCUGGCGUACUGUUCAUUUUUUCAAGGCCGGUGGUGCACCAUUUUUUGGAGGAUUCAGAGUCGUGUACAGAACUUACAUAAUGCUCCCUGCGGCGUCUUUCGUCAGCAUCCUAGUGGCGUUCCUCUUCUUUCGCUUCAGCGCCCACAGGAAUAAGACCGUUAUGCGGCACAGGAAGACGACCUAUUCCUUUCAGCUGACGUUGAUAUUUUCUAUACAAGUAUCACUCGGAAUCGUCAUGUAAGUUGAAGUCCCGAUAUCAACAUUCAUUGUUGGCCUGCUUUUUGUCUCGUAGCCGAAUAUUUUUCCUCCCCCUGGCCGCAGGAGGGGGAGCGGACACGACCGAUGCGGAGCGAACACGAGUGGCAUUCGGUUUCCUGCUGAUCACGUGGCCACUCCUUGGAUUAGGUACGUUGGUUCUGAAAUCAUGCUGAUUGCCUAGCCAUUCUGACCAAUCAAUCAGUGACUGCCACCAAUCGGGCUAUUCGGGACGGAUCAGCACUGCAGACAGCACCAUGUCUCGCCUUUGGGGCUGUUGCGCAUGCUUUGUUUCCUCGCAUGUAAGCAGCAUCCGAGUGAGAGACGAAUAUACAUGAUCAAUGCAUUGCUCUACAGACUUCAGUCAAAAAUGGCAUUGCUUUCGCCGCAUCAAAUCCUGACAUCUGUCGCUCUCGGGUAAGGUCUGCCUGACAUAGUGGCCCCUGCCAUUCGGUGCUCUUCGAACAGGUGCUUCGACCUCUUGACGGACAUCGCGAUUCCAUAUUGUAUGCAAGCAAUCGAUAUAUUGCAUUCCAAAUCAUGUCUUUUCACGAUCUCUCUUGCGUGAGCAGGUGUUCUCCUUGGUGGCGCGAGCACGAGGCUAUUCAUACGACUGGUGGCCCGCUUCAAGCCGAACCAAAGGGAGACGCAAGAUCAGCAUGAUGCUGUCGACAUUAUUACCGUCAGGGACGCUAUGGGAGCUGUGGCUGAGAGCAACAGCGAUCAAAAGCCCGGCCCUUCACUGAGUCAUCUUUCCACGAGGGCGGCAUCGUACCGUCGUUCAAAAAAGAGUGCGGCAUUCGAUCGCCUCCGCUCCAUGUUAAGCGGCUCGUCGCUUGCAUCGCAGCUGAGUACGAUACUUGACGCGCAGUCCAAAUUCGUGACGGAAGGGUACCAUCCCACGUUCCUUCGUCGACUCAGCGACGUGAGCACUUGAGAGCAUAUGGGGAAAAUAACGACAGGAAGAGCCAUGCAUUCCAUCCAUGUAUGUCUCCUGCCCCUGUUGAUUGAGUACAGCAGGUCCAUUUGUACGGCCUGGCGGAGCUGACCGCACUGGUACGAACACAGGCAGGGAGGCAGGGAGGCAGGGAGGCAGGGAGGCAGGGAGGCAGGGAGGCAGGGAGGCGAUGCAUCUGUUCUGUCACUUUACUCACAGAUCUUCUCCAAUUUGUGCUCCAUCAUCUUCGAACAGGUGUGUGUGGACGUGCAGCAUGCACACGUGCCGUGUAUGUGUUUCGUCAUGCAGAUCUUGUCUCCAUCUGGCAAGCGGUUGGCGGAGAGAUUGGCUGGCCUGGCGGUCCUUGUGCUUAUCGAGAUGAGCCUCGAAUUCCUACUCUUCUGCGUGAGCUACAUAGCUCUCCAUUAAAGCGCAAAGACAAGGGCAAUUCCAUUCGCUCACCAUCUGCCUGGGUGUGGCUGGCUGUCUUGUCUUGGUGCGUUGGAUGCAGUACAUGGUUCGUGUGAUCAAUUUGCCAUUGACCAGGAGCGAGAGGGAGCCGAAAGCCGUGAGGAUGCGACUCAUGGGCAUGUUGUUCGCGGGGAGCUGCUGUGUCGUCCACGGUGCCUCAUCAAUGGUCGUGUUCGUUUUGCAGUCGUUGGACAGAGAGGCAUAUGGUAGCGUGGAAGUGCGCGACUACUGCCCGCACGACUCUUUCCUCUUGCGGAGACACAUGGGAGCAUAAUUGAUUGAAAUCAGCCAGCCAGCCAGCCAGCCAGCCAGCGAGUGAGAUAUCCGUAUGCCGUGCUGUGCUCCGCUAAGACAAGAAAAGUGGCUGUCGCCAAGGUUUUCGUGUCUCAUGUAGGUAGGGCUGAUUUUGACGAGUGGUGCCCGAGGCCUCACGUACUAGGACUUUAUUGGUUGUAAUUGGCGAGUAAGCGGGGCUUCGGUGUCGUUUCGCUUCACCUCACCAAUGUGACUUAUCUGCGUUGGUGCGAUGACUAAAACUGCUGCAGGCGUUGCACGUCAAUGAGCGGUUCAUCCACACACACACCGUUAAGUCACUCGGCAGACAGCAGGACAUGCACAAGUCGUGUCACU